CGCACACUGGCUCUCCGUUCCUGCCUCCAGCCCCACUGAAAUUGACUAGAGAUCCGCAAAGCACUUUUUAGCAAGUUUUAAAUUCACCAUGAGCAUCUUGGCAGGGACCUAUCCUUCCGCCUCUCUAUCCUGUCUCAAAUCGCAGUUCCUGUCUGCAGGAGCGGGGGCAAAAAUAUCCUCCUGCACUGCCUGAAAGCAGUGGGAAGGGAUCUGCCCCUAAGAGGAGAUGGUGCAAACAAGAGAGACACGGGCAUUAUUAACUCCUCGGGCGCAUUCCAGGAUGGUGCUACCAAAGGAUUCCUUCCCCUACAUUUGAUUUCUUGCCCUCUCCGGCUUUGCCGGGAGAAGAGACCUUAAGGAUGCCUUUGGCGUUCAAGCUUUUUUGCCUUGUACUCUUGGAUACAGCCCUUUGCAGUUACUCAGAAGACCAGUGCAGUUGGAGGGGAAGUGGCCUGUCCCAAGAAUCAGGCAGCGUGGAGCAGAUCUCGUUGCACUGCGCAGAGGGAUCGCUGGAGUGGCUGUACCCUGCUGGAGCCUUGCGCCUGAGCCUCUUUCCUCGCCUCUCUACGGGCUCCACGGGCAAAGAGAGGCGUCCUCGGAGCAUCACGGCCUGCAUCAAAUCAUCCAGCACCUUUCGCGGAGCUCAGAUCUACUUGGAGAGGGACGGCAUCUUGGAGCUCCUGCUUUCUGAGGCUGAUGCGGCGUUGCAGCCCAAGGUGCGCUGCUUCAGUUGGCUGCCCAAGGAGAAGGUCGCUCUGUUCCUCCAGUCCACCCUGCACCGGGACAUCAGCCGCCGGAUUGCUGCCUUCCGCUAUGAACUGAGGGGAGACUGGAAUUCCCGCUUCUCCUGGCCUUCUGGCAACCGCAGCGUGGAAGAUGCGGGCACUUGCCGGCCGUGUAACAACACAGAAAUCCUGAUGGCUGUUUGUACUAGUGAUUUUGUCAUCCGUGGCAAUAUCCGGACAGUCUCCAACAACGUGGAUCUGCAGGAAUCCAUCAUCAAUGUGAGCGCCACCCGGAUCCACCGCCAGAAAUUUGCCUUGUUCCAACCAGUUGGCAAGUAUGGGAAAUCAGCAGGCAGCAUUCGCACGCUGUUGCGGUGUGGGGUGAAACCAGGACCCGGCAGCUUCUUGUUCACGGGGUGGCUGCACUUUGGGGAGGCCUGGCUCAGCUGUGCCCCUCGCUACAAAGACUUCCGCCAGAUAUAUGAGGAUGCCCGCCAGGCUCACGAAAACCCAUGUGAAGUCUCACUGGACUGAUUCGGGGCAAAGGGCAGAAGAACGGAGUCUGGCUUGAGAAUUGGACAGGGGAUGGGAAAAGAGUUGCCAUUAACUUGGGGAGGGGUGCCCUAAAUGGCUGUGAAUAGCAAAAAGCUCACAAAUGGCAUUCCUUUGUUAUAUGCAGCUAGUGGGCCUGCCCCAAACGGACACGGCUGUCCAUCAAAAGAAGCAGCUAUAGGUUAUAACAGAGGCUGAGGAUCUGGGUGCUACCCUGUUAGACUGGGACACGUAGAAAACAACAUGAAGGGAAUUACUCUGAGGACUCCAAGUGCAUCACAGAAUAAUGGAGGGUCUGCUCUUUCACUUCCCGCUGACCAUUUGGUGAGCCAAGAAUGUCCACAAAGCAAACUCACUUCUCUGAACCAUGGCAGCACGGCUUUCCAAGAUGAUUUCUUAGUCGGUGACCAAAAUCACAAGCAGACUGGAAUUCUCUUGCCAAGCAAACAGGGUCUUAAAUAUUUUUCCCCACCAGGACCCUUCUCCCCCGCCCGAGAUCAAACAUGGCGCAUGGCAUCUGGUAGGUGGAAGAAGGGAGCCAGAACGGGAAGGAGGGGGAUAGACUACUGUACAGUUUAGCUGUCACAUUUUCAUCGAAAUACGACAGUGGUCAAACAGGUCUUUGCCUGAAGACAGACUAAUGGAGAACCAGGGCGUGUUUUAUGGAACUCCAACCUAACCAGGGGAGAGGUGAACGGGUUCUGCAUCUCAGACUGCUGUCGUUCCUCUUCUGACCUUUAUGAAAUUUGACGGUCCAUCUCUGACACCGUGCUGUUGCCUUCAGGAAGAAGAUCCAGAGUCUGUAUGUUGGAUGGGACAGAGCUAGGCAAAUUCUGAGCCCCUUCCUCCAACACUGCAACACUGCCAAUUCUACCUGGCCUGCCAUCACCUCACCUGCCCAGCAUUGGCCCUUUGGGAUCAACCUGCCCAAUCAGGAGUGCCCAGCAGAUGCAGAAACAAAACUCAAAUUUGGAAUUGUGGGAAGAGGGAAAAGUUACUAACAGAAAUUGGCACAGGGGGGUAGGUUGAUUGUAACCAAGACUGAAAAAAUGGGAGUGGCUUCCAGUAUCUAAAGAAUUAGUCCACGUGUCUGGGGUGCUGAAGAAUGCAGUAAAGCAGAUUUCAAGUGCCCUUGCAUGUGGCAUCUGGCCGACAUGUCUUCUGACUUCUCUAGUCCUUGAUUCCAGCCAUUUCCUGAUCUCUCAAGAUGGAGAUUAGGCUUUCCUCUGGCACUGCUCAGUUAUUGCCCAGAAAAAGAAGAAGAAGAGUUUGGAUUUAUAUCCCCCUUUCUCUCCUGUAAGAAGACUCAAAGGAGCUUACAAUCUCCUUUCCCUUCCCCCCCCACCCCCCGGCCCCAGCAACCAUCCUGU